AUGCUUUCCACUCGAUAUCGUCUUGUCCUUCUUUUGCCCAUGCAAUUGGCAACGGGGUUUUUGGUGUCUCCACCGAGAGGAACAGCCCAUCCUGACACUGCCGCCGAUUGUUCUGGCUGGGUGUCCUCCGCACCUGGGACAACUUGUGCCAAUAUUGAAGCUUCACAGUCGAUCACAGCCGAACAAUUUGCGACCUGGAACCCAGCGAGCACUCUAUCAGACGGAUCUUGCGCCAUUGUCUCGGGAUACGAUUACUGCGUUCAAGUCAACUAUGGCAGAGCGACCACCACUCCCACCAACGUCACGACGCCUCCAACUACAGAUGUGUCUGGCGUCGCGAGUAGCUCCCUCUCUCCAACAGCAAAUGCCUUGGCUCCCGACACCUCCAACUCCAAUUCAGCUGCGGUCAUAUCAAGCGACAACAGUGGCAGUAGCGACAACAACAACAAAAACAAUAAAAAUACCCCCAGCCCCAUUGAGCCCGGCGUGAUCACCGGGUGCAAUGCCUACCACUCUGUCGCCGCUGGAGACUCGUGCCAGAGCAUCGUCGCAGAAGCUCACAUCGACAUGGCCGAUUUCAUGAAAUGGAACCCUAACGUUGGACCCGGCUGCGCAAACCUCUGGCUCGGAUACUACGUCUGUACCGGAGUCAUCACGCAAGCCCCCAGUUCCGCCAGUCCAGUUCCCACUACUCUCUCCACGAUUCCGACCCCGGUGGUAGCAGCUUCAGUAGCAGUAGCUACCCCGUCUACCGCUUCAUCGUCAGAAAUCCCCGAGUCGACCAAUGCCCCGGCGGCUUCGGCAUUGCCUCCGGCUCCAGCUUCGUCUGCGGCCGUGGUCCCGCCAAACCCGGUGCAGAAGGGCAUUGCCUCGCAGUGCGAUCACUACGAGAUGGUCAAGGCAGGUGAUACGUGUUAUUCGAUCUCCAUGGCGGAGGGUGUCUCGCUCUCGGACUUUUAUACCUGGAACCCAUCGGUGGGCACUGACUGCUCCAACCUGUGGCAGGGUUAUUACGUGUGCAUUGGUGAGGGCAAGACUGUGCCUGUGGUGAACUCUGUGGCUGUGGCUGCGUCUGCGUCUACGUCUACAUCGAGCACCAUGAGGGUUGUAGCUCGAAAGGCUCGUCCAACCUCGUUUCAGCGUCGAAGGGUCUAG